AUGGCUAUGGAACCUAGAAAGGCGGCUACCUCGUUUGGGAAGCUCGAAAGCUGUAUUGCUAGGCCUAAGACUUGGGCACGCAUGGGUAAGGAAGAGGCUGGCUCGUCCCAUCACUUUGGGUUUCCCGCUCAGAUCUGCACUGUUUUCCAAACUUGCGUCGAUCUCGACUCCAACAGUCUGUCAAGGGUUUUCACAAUGGCUGACACUGGUACCGCCAUCGCCACCGUGCCGGCAUCUAUCGGUGCCAUUGGGGACACGAACCGGGCAUCGUACGAUGCUACUGCACAAGCCGCCAUCGAAGCUGAGGUGCAGAAUAUCACCACUGUGGAGGACAAGACAGGACAUGAUACCUUCCAUGGACUCGUCCUCCCCACCGAGGAGGAGAGGACUACUCUGCGACGCGUGGCCGGCAAGCUGCCCAUAACGUGUUACUAUCUAUGCGCUGUCGAGUUCGCUGAGCGUGCUUCAUACUAUGGCUGCAACCAAGUCUACAAGAACUUCAUCCGCGCUCCCCUCCCGCCGGGCAGUACGACUGGAGCCAGUGGUGCUGGGUCUCAAUAUACUGCCGGUGCUCUGGGCAAGGGUUCAGUCACUGCUUCCGCCAUGACAGAGGCCUUCAAGUUCAUGGCAUACGCCCUACCGAUAUACUUUGGUUGGCUUGCCGAUACCAAGUAUGGUCGAUUCAAGAUGAUCUGCUGGGGUGUUGCCAUUUGUGGUGUUGCCCACAUCAUCAUGAUCAUCUCGGCGCUCCCACCCGUACUGACCUCUGGACAUGCUAUUGGCCCCUUUGCUUUCUCCCUCUACCUGCUCGCUAUUGGUGCUGCCCAGUUCAAGCCCAAUAUCUCUCCCACCAUUAUGGACCAGUCCCCCCAUCGUGUUGCUCACGUGGUGACCGACAAGAAUGGAGAAAAGGUUAUUAUUGAUCCCGAGGAGUCCAUCAACAGUGUCAUGCUGUGGUUCUAUCUGCUCAUCAACAUUGGUGCCUGCACUGGUAUUGCUACAACUUACCUGGCCAAGCUCGUCGGCUACUGGGCUGCCUAUCUGAUUCCCACCAUUCUAUAUCUCAUGCUCCCUCCGCUACUGUGGUACCUGAACCCUCGUUUGAUCAAGCAGCCCCCAGGUGGCUCUGAUUUGGGUAAUGUGUUCAAGGUUCUUGGAGAUAUUUUUGCACAUGGUGGUAUGAAGCGCAUUGGUCGCUCCGGAUUCUGGGACCUUGGCAAGCCCAGCGUCCGUCGCGCAGCUGGCUCCACUCACGACUACGCAUACGAUGAUCAAUUCGUUGAUGACGUUCGCCGAACUUUCCAGGCCUGUGGAAUCUUCAUUUUCCAGCCCAUCUUCCAGAUCAACGAUGGUGGUCUUGGUGCUGCUGCCAAUGCCCUGACGGCCGGCAUGGACACCAACGGUGUGCCCAAUGAUUUGUUGGACAACCUGAACUCCGUCAGUAUCGUUCUUAUGGUGCCGGUCAUGAACCAUAUCAUCUACCCGCUUCUACGCAAGCAUGGAAUCAAGUGGGGUGCCAUCUCUCGUAUGACUUUUGGAUUCGCCGUCUGCACAAUUGGAUCCAUUGGUUUCUCAGUUCUUCAGUACUACGUGUACCAGACCUCGCCCUGUGGCUGGAACGCUACUACGUGCGCUGAGAUUGUCGCCGUUGGCGAGAACUCGCUGUCGACUGUGUCAUACUCGCUUUACGCUAUUCCCAUCAUUAUCACGGCCAUUUCCGAAAUCUUCAUCAACGUCACGGCUUAUGGUAUUGCCUACUCACGAUCCCCAAAGAACAUGAAGGGUCUUGUCGCUUCCAUCAACCUGUUCAUGGUUGGUAUCUCUGCUGCCAUUGGCCUGGCUACUGCUCCUGCGAUCCAGGACCCUUACCUGAUCUGGGCUUUCGCUGGUCCUACAAUUUGCGGAGCGGUACUGACAGUCAUCUUCUACUUUACAUUCCAUCACCUGGACAAGGAAGAGUUUGUCAUCAACACCGACAUCAAUGACAUGAAGCGUGACUCGGAUGAAGACAGCGAUCUGGAGCGUCGCACUGAUGGUGUGAUUUCUGACGAGAAGGCUGCUAUCAAAGCAUGA